CGCGCUCUCCCCUCACGGAGACAGGACACGCACCGGGGCCUGUACCGGUGCCGGCGCCAUGGCAGAGGCUGGCUGCCGGGCGCAGUUCCUCGCCGCCGUUCAGGUUAUCCAGGGGCUCCCCCGGAGCGGCUCGUACCGACCCUCCUACGAGGAGAUGCUGCGUUUCUACAGCUACUACAAGCAGGCGACAGCGGGGCGCUGCCAAGGCCCCAGGCCCGGCUUCUGGGACCCCAUCGGCCGCUACAAAUGGGAUGCCUGGAACAGCCUGGGGAGGAUGUCCAAGGAGGAGGCGAUGGAGGCUUACGUGGCUGAAAUGAAGAAGGUGGCCCAGAAGGUCAUUGACACGGUGCCCAUGGAUGAGACAACAGAGGAGAUGUUCAGGUACUUCGAGCCGCUCUAUGAGGUGAUCCAUGACAUGCCCCGGCCCCCUGAGGCCUUCUUCAAGAGGAAAGGGGAGCCCAGCCAGGAUGACCCAGCAAGCAGCCUGGCCCCGGAGCACCAUGAAGAUGCCUUGCCUAUGGAGCAGCAGAACGAGCAGCAUGUGCCAGGAUGGGCGCUGGCUCCUGCCACCGCAGCAUUGGAGGGCACCCAGGUGACCAGUGACUCCGAGGGGGAUGUGUACUGCGAUACCGUGGAGCAGAUGGAGCCUGUGCAGGCUGGGCAGCCUCUGGGGCUCUGCCUGAACGGUGGCCAGGUCAGGCCUGAGCCCCUGACACCCCCUGAUGCUGGGCAAGGGGAGCAGGGUGAAGGCAGAAGACUAGAGGGGAGCAGCAGCACUGGGCUUGCAGCUCCUGGCUCCAAGAGAGGUCUCUGGCUGGCCGGGAUGAAGCAGGACACCAAGAGCACCCCUGAGCUCAGCCCGAGGCUGCUGGUGGAGCUGGAUGCCUGUGUAGCCAGCACCGUGCAAGCCCUGCAGGAUGACAUGCAGCAAGUGUUGGAGCGCCUGAGCAAGCUGGAGACACUCACCUCCUCUCAGGGGGAUGCAGCUGGGACCGAGCCCAGCCGGCUGCUUGCUUUGCAGGCACCAUCCCCAUGGCCCCUGACCGUUUCCCCACACACCCUACUCUUCCUCAUCACCUGGCCCUUCAUCACCCAGUGGCUUCUGCAUCGCUGGCAGGGCAGGAAGAGGGAAGCACCACGCAAUCGAUGAGGGCAUCGUCUGGCACAGCCCAGGGCCUCCUGCAGGCCAGGACCCUGGCCCCAAUGGACAGCAGCCACCGUGCUCCACCAAUCACAACUGUCACGCUCAGGGCCUCACCGGCACCAGCAUCCAUAGGGAUUGGGGUGUGGGAUCAUCAUGUGCCUCAGGUGGGAUCCCCCUGGAUCUCAUCAUUGCUGCACACAGAUGAUCUGGCUGCCUCCCCGGUGCUGGGUGUGCAUCAGGGGAUGGCCCCUUACCCUGUCCCCAGAGACUGGUUCCACGAAGUGCUUGGACAUCUGAACCUGCCACAAUUAA